GGGAACACGCCAGCGCCAUUUCCAGGUCGUUGUCGUCGUCGCAGAGGCAGACCGCGUGCCUCGACAAGAAGUCUUCGGGCGCGGAGCGGCCCCCGCUGCUGCGGCCGUGUGCAGCACAGUCCUCCGGGAAGAAUUUCUUGGCCAGGUACAGGCAGCAAUUCUUUUUGCCGCUGCAGGACGGGUAAAAGUCGACACACUUUAGAUUGACGCUGGACACGAUUCUGUUYCCGUCGGUGGCCGCAUUCCAGGGUGGCUCUUCGAGGAGGAGUGCCAGUUGAUCGAUGCGGUUCGCGGUGUUGGAUUGCUGCUUCUGGUUUACCCGAAAACAGGUCGCGUACCCCUUGAUGUCGGUGGCGAUUCCCUUGGUUGCCAGCUCCCGGGCAAGGUCCCACAGCAGACCGGAGCGUUCCUCCAGCGGAACCGUCGAAGCCGGCGACGASGGAUCGUCCGCAACUUGUUGCAGCUUUGCCGAACCGAAGGACGAAUACGAAUGCGAAUCUUCGGGCUCGUGUAUUCCGGUCAUGGCUUCUUCCAUGGUUCGCUUCCAGUCGAGGUCCUCGCGGAUCCCGAAGGGCCGAAAGUACCCGUCGUCGUCGCUGUGUUUGUCGUUUCCUUCGUCCCUAAAUCGAUGCGGUGUGACCCAGAAGACGUCGUCGUGUCCGUUGCCGUUUUCCCCAYCGUCUUCGUCGGAACCGAUCGGAUAAAAUAUCCGUCCACCGUUUUCGCUGCAAUACGCAUCGGCCCUUGGCAGGUAUGGAAGGCGCUGCAACAGCGUGGGGGUUCGCAUCCCCGAAACGAGAACGAAUUUCACAUUUGUUCCGGAAUUGCCACCCUUUCGAAUCGUCCUGACGAGCGACAGCGUCUUGGUGGAAAUCACUCCCUUGAGCCCCGUCGAUGACGGUGGGAAUUCCAGGACGCCCGUGUUUGCUUCGCUGGUGUCGUUGCCGACGUCGUCGUCUCCGGAACCAACGGGAUAGUGAAUCAGGGUUCCAUCGAGGUCGGAGAAGACAAUCUUGAGAGCGCCGUUUUGCGUUGCGCCGGUGUUCGCAGCAGCAACAGAAGGCAUGGUUGCCGGAGUUGCCGAGGACGACGAUGCCUUGUCGGUUGCCAGCAGCAAGACUAGAAUGCAAAAGAGUCUGAUUCUCGUGCGGGGAGACACAGAAGAAUCCGCAGCAGCAACAACAACUUCGAGUUGGUCGUGUCCCUUCCUCCCUGGGAUUGCGCUCGUUUUCUUACUUCUAGUGGUCCUUCUUUCACCACAGUGUCUUCUGGGUGGGUUCGAUUUCAAUGCCAGCAUGGCGGAGUCCCGUCGCAGGUUUUGUUUGUGGGUAUGUACGGUACGCGUGUUUCAGAUUUGAUGAUGAGUUGUGUCGCAGUCGUACUGAGUGAGGAGCCAUGUUUCGAAACUCGAAAAGAAUGUACCGGUAUCAAAACUCAAAACAGAACGAAUGAAAAUACGAUACGACA